AUGUCUGUUACGACUUUAGUUAUAUGUACUGAGAUUAAGAAAAUAAAAACAGAUUUAACGGCUCCUAAGGAUAUGUACAUAGUACGGGCAACUGUAUACCAAGUUGGAAUACUAACAAAUCAAACUAAUGAAACAUUUGGAUUAAAUCCAGGACAUCAGGAAUCAAUAACAAUUUACCACAACAAUGGGUCUAAUAUCGAUUUAAGUGCCAUUCCCGAUCCUUUAAUGACGAAUGUGACUGCGGAAAAAGUUAUUGGAGUAGCACCUGUCACCAACGAGAGUGUGCCGUGGGGAGCUCUUAACGAAUUAGUUUCUAUUCCAAACCUACGUGGUGUACAAGCGCAUUCAAACCAUUCUGUGGAUAAGGAAACGAGUAUUGAAAAGUUUAGACGCGAUGUUUCUGAAAGACCGGUGGAAAUUAUAAAAGGAACAGCCGUGAUUCCCUCCGAAGCUGGCGUUCAAUCUAUAGGACUGCCACCCCUUCUCACACUCAAUAAAAAUCUUUCCACAAUACCUGUUCCGAUACCAAAUAUAUCGAUAGUUAGUUACGCUAAAGUGAACACAGUAGUCCAUUCUACAGAUUAAUUUUAACGUUAACAAAUAAUGUUAAUAUUAUAGCAUACAAAUAUGACAAAUAAAAGAAUGAAUACCUA